AGGAACAGUAAGUAUCUGGGGUACACUGCUGGGAGGUAGCCAGGCCUGUAGUUAGAAGAGUAGAUUAGGGGUGACACCUAGUAGUUGUCAACACCAAAUAAAAUAACCAUAGUCCGAGUCUCAUUUAUUUGUAAGUAGUUGGGGAUCAGUUUAAAUUGCUUGUACUACAAGAUUUCCUCCUGUUCUGCCUUGUUCAUUUCUUAGCCUUUCUCUGAUUAAGAAAACAGAAGUAAAUGGGUGGGUGGUUCAUCCAGCUCUGGUGGUGGCUGAGGGAAUGGCUGGAUGACACAGGUAAAAACAGCAUCCUGCAGUCAGGACAGGACAACUCUGCCUCACUGUUGGAGUGGAAUUUCUAUCAAGCUCCUGUCCAGGAGGCAUGGUCCCUCUCUGAACAACGACCACUGUCUAGAAAGCUAGAGUCUAAGCAAGUUUUGGGUGGAUCUCCAGACUAUCCACCAGAGCCUGUGAGUUUUUUUGUCUUUUGUUUUGUUUUUGUUUUUGUUUUUGUUUUUCCUGAGCUGUCCUGUUAGCAUUCGGGACUUUGAGUGGUUUUGAUGGAGCCCUGUCUUUGCCUGUGAUCGGAGCAUUUGGGAACCCACUUGCUACACUGUAUUAGCUAAAAAGGUCCACACCCUCUGCCCUCUGGACUUAACAAGAAGAGUGUGAGACCCAGUCCUUGGAGAUCCAGUGGCUCAUGUCAAAACCCCAGCGUUUCCAGUCCUGUUGCUUUACGUGGGCCGAGUAUAACCGAGGAAUCCCCCUCGCGACCAGUCUGGAGCCAGUCUGUGUGUUCUAGAAGUGUCACUGUAGGAUGACGGGAGAUCGGGAGCUCCAAGGAGUCUUGAUUGCAUGUGUUCCUAUUUCAGGGGUCCCUAGGGCGGUGUUGACAGAAAAGGGCCAAGCACAAGGACAAGGCUUUCUUAACCAUGCAAGGGUCUGUCUCCCUGUCUUCCACCUCUUGCAAGCCUUCUCAGCGCCAACGAGGGCGUGCCUGUUGGCUCAGGGUGGAUCUCAGCCCAGCUCGCCAGCCUCUGCGCGCCGGGCUUGGCUAAGGCUCCGCCUGUGCGGGUGCCUGGUCCCGCCCGGGGCUGGCUAGGGGUGCGGGGGCUGCGGUGGCCGAGCCGGUGUGCUCUGGCUGCAUGCAGAGAGUCGCGAGACUGUGCGACGCGCAAUGGCGGCGCCAGGGAAAGGGCUUCUAGAAAGCCAGAGCCUCGCUCUCAUGGUGUCUAGUCACACGAGCCCGGGGACAAAGCUCACAGCUCCUGGACCUGUCAGCUCUCUUGCAAUGGAGUUUCCAAGGAAACGUAGAAGAAGUGAUUCAGAGCUGCUCCAGUCAGAAUUCAGGACAGAUGCAAUGGUGGAAAACCUUCCCCGGAGUCCCUUUACCUCUGUUCUUUCAACAAGAACAGGAGUAGCAGUGCCCAAUGGCAUCAGGGAAGCUCACAGCCAGACAGAAAAGCGUCGGAGAGACAAGAUGAACCAUCUGAUUUGGAAACUGUCAUCUAUGAUCCCUCCACACAUCCCCACAGCCCACAAACUGGACAAACUGAGCAUCCUGAGGAGGGCAGUGCAGUACUUGAGGUCUCAGAGAGGCAUGACAGAGUUUUAUUUAGGAGAAAAUGCUAAACCUUCAUUUAUUCAGGAUAAGGAACUCAGCCACUUAAUCCUCAAGGCAGCAGAAGGCUUCCUACUUGUGGUUGGAUGUGAAGGAGGGAGAAUUCUUUUCGUUUCUAAGUCUGUCUCCAAAACGCUGCAUUAUGAUCAGGCUAGUUUGAUGGGACAGAACUUGUUUGACUUCUUACAACCAAAAGAUGUCGCCAAAGUAAAGGAACAACUUUCUUGUGAUGUUUCACUGAGAGAGAAACCCAUAGGCACCAAAAGUGAGUUCUUCCUUCAGAGCCUAGCCUCUCCUCAGGUUCACAGUCACUCCCAUAUUGGGCGAUCACGCGUGCAUUCUGGCUCCAGACGAUCUUUCUUCUUUAGAAUGAAGAGCAGCUGUACAGUCCCCGUCAAAGAAGAGCAACGAUGCUCGUCCUGUUCAAAGAAGAAAGACCAGAGAAAAUUCCACACCAUCCAUUGCACUGGAUACUUGAGAAGCUGGCCACCGAAUGUUGUGGGCACGGAGAAAGAGAUGGGCAGUGGGAAAGACAGUGGUCCUCUUACCUGCCUUGUGGCUAUGGGACGGUUACAGCCAUAUACUGUCCCCCCGAAGAAUGGCAAGAUCAACGUGAGACCGGCUGAGUUCAUAACCCGAUUCGCAAUGAACGGGAAAUUCGUCUACGUCGACCAAAGGGCAACAGCAAUUUUAGGAUACCUGCCUCAGGAACUUUUGGGAACUUCGUGUUAUGAAUAUUUUCAUCAGGAUGACCACAGUAAUUUGAGUGACAAGCACAAAGCAGUUCUGCAGAGUAAGGAGAAAAUACUUACAGAUUCAUACAAAUUCAGAGUGAAGGAUGGCUCCUUUGUGACUCUGAAGAGCAAGUGGUUCAGCUUCACUAACCCUUGGACCAAAAAGCUGGAGUACAUCGUGUCUGUCAACACGCUGGUUUUGGGGCGCAGUGAGACCGCAGUAUCCGUGCCUCAGUGCCGCAGCAGCCAGUCCUCUGAAGACUCAUUUAGACAACCCUGCGUCAGUGUGCCGGGCAUAUCCACAGGGACCUUACUUGGCGCUGGGAGUAUUGGAACAGAUAUUGCAAAUGAGGUUCUGAGUUUACAGAGGUCACACUCUUCAUCCCCAGAAGACGCAAACCCUUCAGGAGUAGUGAGAGAUAAGCACAGUGUAAACUUCGGGAGCGCCCCUGUGCCCGUGUCCACUGGGGAGCUCUUUGCACUGAGUCCUGAAACAGAGGGCCUGGAGGCUGCCAGGCAACACCAGAGUGCUGAGCCCGCCCACUGUCACAAACCACUCCUCAGUGACAGUACCCAGUUGGGUUUUGAUGCCCUGUGUGACAGCGACGACACAGCCAUGGCUACAUUCAUGAAUUACCUCGAAGCAGAGGGUGGCCUGGGUGACCCUGGGGACUUCAGUGACAUCCAGUGGACACUCUAGCAUUUUGACUUUGAACUCUAAUGUGAGAAUCAUUUUAGAGUGUUUUUUUUAUUUUUUUUCAGAGCUGGGAACCAAACCCAGGGCCUUGCGCUUGCUAGGCAAGCGCCCUAACACUGAGCUGAUCAACCCCAGGGUGUUUCAUUUACAAAAUGCUUUACUCUUGAGCACUGUAUUGAUUGAUACUUUGUAUCUCUUAUUAAGAGUCUACUGAUUUUUUAUGUAUCUGCACUUUACUCUCACAGAGAUGUGGAGGAGUCAGACAUUUUUCUCCAAAGAGAAACAGCCAAGUUUAUCAAUCCCUCUUCACACAAUGAACAAGCACCUUCGGGGUCAGGCUGCCAUAUUUGUUUUGCUAAAAUAUUCUGGCCAGAAACUGCUACCAAACAUUUUUUUGUAUACUUUUGUUUUUGAGUUUGAGACUUUUGUUUUGUUUUGUUCAGUUUAUUUUCUGUUUUUGUUUUUCAAGACAGAGUUUCUCUGUGCAGCCCUGGCUGACCUGUACCUCACUCUGUAGUCCAUGCUGGCCUCUCUCAUUUAGAGACCUGCCUGCCUCUGCCUCCUAAGUGUUGAGAUUAAAGCCAUGCAUCACAAUUUCCAGCUUAAGUACAGCCCCCGAAGUCAUGAGGCAAUGAGAAAUCACUUAGGAGCCAACUUUCUAGUAAUAACUUAGAUUGUAGAAGGCGUUUUAAGACAGCAACUAACCCAGCGAUAGCUCAAACGGAGUGUAAGAGUCAGGAUGAUUUAAAAUUCCAGCCGAGGAAUGCAGCUCAGUUGACAUUAGCAUGCACAAAACCCCAGGCUCAGUUCCUAGCACUAUAAACCAGAUGUGGGGGUGCACACUUGUAAUCCUAGCACGCAGUAGGCUCGUAAGUUCAAGGCCAGCCUUGACUACAUAGCAAAUUGGAGCCCAGCCUGGGAUUCACGAAACCCUGUCUUUAAAAAAAUAAAUAAAAUAAAAAGAUUAUUUAAAUUUCUA